GAACCUCGGGCAGCGGCGACCGCGCUUGUCCCUGCGGGUGGCCUGGUCUGCCCGGCGCCUCUCUUCCCCUGUCAGUCUCCGGCUUCAGCGGCGGGUCGGCGCUGCUCUCCGGCGGCUUCCCGGAAGCAAGGGCGCCGCCAUCACAAGCAAGGGCAAGGAGGCGGAGCAGGUCUGACGUCACCUGCCUGCUCCGCCAAUCAGGCUAGGGCGGGGAAUUUAAAAUCAGAUACCAGGCAGAGAUCCGAUGCCUGAGUAUCUUCGUUUCUCCUGUGGAAGCUAUGAUCCAGAGCUCCCUCGUCCCUGCAAGCAUCCUGUGCUUCCAAGCAUCCUGUCCCUCCAAGCACCUCGUGCCUCCAAGCACCUCCGCGCCUCAAGCACCUCCGUGCCUCCAGUUACCUCCGUGUCUCCAAGCACCUCGUGCCUCCAAGCACCUCCGUGCCUCCAAGCACCUCCGUGCCUCCAAGCACCUCGUGCCUCCAAGCACCUCGUGCCUCCAAGCACCUCCGCGCCUCAAGCACCUCCGUGCCUCCAGUUACCUCCGUGCCUCCAGUUACCUCCGUGCCUCCAGUUACCUCCGUGCCUCCAAGCACCUCCGUGCCUCCAAGCACCUCGUGCCUCCAAGCACCUCGUGCCUCCAAGCACCUCCGUGCCUCCAGUUACCUCCGUGCCUCCAGUUACCUCCGUGCCUCCAGUUACCUCCGUGCCUCCAGUUACCUCCGUGCCUCCAAGCACCUCCGUGCCUCCAAGCACCUCGUGCCUCCAAGCACCCCGUGCCUCCAAGCACCUCCGCGCCUCAAAGCACCUCCGUGCCUCCAGUUACCUCCGUGUCUCCAAGCACCUCGUGCCUCCAAGCACCUCGUCCCUCCAAACACCUCGGUGUCUCCAAACACCUCCGUGCCUCCAAGCACCUCCGUGCCUCCAAACACCUCCGUGCCUCCAAGGGUCUCCCAGCACUCCCUGUACUCCCAGUACCUCAGUGCCUUCAAUACCACAGUGUCUCCAAUAUCUCAGUACCCCAGCCUUCAUUAUUUCUACAAGUCUUGUCUUACAGGAGACCUACAAGAAUUCCUCUGGGCCUCCCGCCUGCCGUCUUAGUUCUGCAUGAGGAAGACCUACAUCCGGCCAUCUCUACUACGACCCAGUGGCGGUUCCUCUUCCCGGUCAUCGGAAGAAGCCCCGAGUCCACAACACUCCCAAACCAGUAACGCAGUUUCUGUCGCCUUCUGGAGAUCAAUAGUCCCUUCCUAGUAAGUAAUUUUCACCAGGCUGUCGCUGUCUUC